UAGUUAAAACUAGUUUAAAACUAGUUCAUAUGUAACGGUUUGAAAAUCUGUAUGUUCCUCCAUUCUAGUUAAAACUAGUUUAAAACUAAUUCAUAUGUAACGGUUUGAAAAUCUGUAUGUUCCUCCAUUCUAGUUAAAGCUAGUUCAUAUGUAACGAUUUGAAAAUCUGUAUGUUCCUCCAUUCUAGUUAAAGCUAGUUCAUAUGUAACACUUUGAAAAUCUGUAUGUUGCUCCAUUCUAGUUUAAAGCUAGUUCAUAUGUAACAAUUUGAAAAUCUGUAUGUUGCUCCAUUCUAGUUAAAGCUAGUUCAUAUGUAACGAUUUGAAAAUCUGUAUGUUCAUCCAUUCUAGUUAAAACUAGUUUAAAACUAGUUCAUAUGUAACGGUUUGAAAAUUUGUAUGUUCCUCCAUUCUAGUUAAAGCUAGUUCAUAUGUAACGAUUUGAAAAUCUGUAUGUUCCUCCAUUCUAGUUAAAACGAGUCCAUAUGUAACGAUUUGAAAUUCUGUAUGUUCCUUCAUACUAGUUAAAACGAGUCCAUAUAUUACUAUCUGAAAAUCCAUAUGUUGCUCUAAAACUAGUUCAUAUGUAACGAUUUGAAAAUCUGUAUGUUCCUCCAUUCUAGUUAAAACGAGUCCAUAUAUUACUCUCUGAAAAUCCAUAUGUUGCUCCAUUCUAGUUAAAACGAGUCCAUAUAUUACUAUCUGCAAAUCCACAUGUUGCUUCAUACUAGUUAAAACGAGUCCAUAUAUUACUAUUUGAAAAUCCAUAUGUUCCUCCAUACUAGUUAAAGCUAAUUCAUAUCUAACAAUAAUUUCAAAAUUAACAAUUUUGUCCAUACUAGUUAAACCUAGUUCAUAUGUAACAAUACUUUGCAAAUCCAUGUUGCUUAAUACGAGUUAAACCAAGUUCUUUUGUAACAAUCAUUAGAAAAUCCAUAUGUUGCUCCAUACUAGUUAAACCUGGUUCAUAUGUAAAAAUAAUUAGAAAAUCUAUAUAUUGCAACAUACUAGUUAAACCUGGUCUAUAUGUAACAAUAUUUAGAAAAUCUAUAUUGUUCCAUACUAGUUAAACCUGGUUUAUAUGUAACAUUAAUUAGAAAAUCUAUAUAUUGCUCCAUACUAGUUAAACCUGGUUUAUAUGUAACAUUAAUUAGAAAAUCUAUAUAUUGCUCCAUACUAGUUAAACCUGGUUUAUAUGUAACAAUAAUUAGAAAAUCUAUAUAUUGUUCCAUACUAGUUAAACCUGGUUUAUAUGUAACAUUAAUUCGAAAAUCUAUAUAUUGCUCCAUAGUAGUUAAACCUGGUUUAUAUGUAACAAUAAUUAGAAAAUCUAUAUAUUGUUCCAUACUAGUUAAACCUGGUUUAUAUGUAACAUUAAUUAGAAAAUCUAUAUAUUGCUCCAUAAAUUUCUCCGCUAAAUCUCAAAUUGAACGUCACGUACAAACCCAUUCUGUUGAAAAACUUUUCAAAUGUGAUAUGUGUUCACACAGUUACACAUGCCGGUCCAGACUGAUGCAGCACGUGUUGGUUCAUACGGGAGAAACGCCUUUCACUUGUGAACUGUGCACGAAACGUUUCAUGCACAGUUCGAGCUUGAAACGCCAUAUGUGUGUACAUUCUAACGAGAAGCCCUUCUCGUGCGAAAUAUGUUUUAAAUGUUUUACGCUGAGAUCCAGCUUAAAGAUGCAUUUGUUGAUUCAUGCUGGAAAAAAGCAAUUUAAAUGUGAGAAAUGCUGGAAAGGCUUUUCACAAAGUUGCAGCUUAAAACAACACAUGGUAACUCACACGGGAGAGAAACCAUUCAGCUGCGAUAUUUGCUUCAACACUUUCUCACAAAGGGGCAGCUUGAAGAAACACACGUUAAUUCACAACGGGCAGAAACCAUUCCAAUGCCAGGUGUGUUCGAACCGCUUUACUCAAAGAAAUAACUUAAAAGAGCACACGAAGAUUCAUACGGGAGAGAAACCUUUCAAAUGUGACGUGUGCAACACCUGUUUUAUAAAUAGACUCGGCCUAAGACAGCACACGCAGACCCAUACUGGUGGCCAAAAUCUAUAUUGUUCCAUACUAGUUAAACCUGGUUUAUAUGUAACAUUAAUUAGAAAAUCUAUAUAUUGCUCCAUACUAGUUAAACCUGGUUUAUAUGUAACAUUAAUUAGAAAAUCUAUAUAUUGCUCCAUACUAGUUAAACCUGGUUUAUAUGUAACAAUAAUUAGAAAAUCUAUAUAUUGUUCCAUACUAGUUAAACCUGGUUUAUAUGUAACAUUAAUUCGAAAAUCUAUAUAUUGCUCCAUAGUAGUUAAACCUGGUUUAUAUGUAACAAUAAUUAGAAAAUCUAUAUAUUGUUCCAUACUAGUUAAACCUGGUUUAUAUGUAACAUUAAUUAGAAAAUCUAUAUAUUGCUCCAUAAAUUUCUCCGCUAAAUCUCAAAUUGAACGUCACGUACAAACCCAUUCUGUUGAAAAACUUUUCAAAUGUGAUAUGUGUUCACACAGUUACACAUGCCGGUCCAGACUGAUGCAGCACGUGUUGGUUCAUACGGGAGAAACGCCUUUCACUUGUGAACUGUGCACGAAACGUUUCAUGCACAGUUCGAGCUUGAAACGCCAUAUGUGUGUACAUUCUAACGAGAAGCCCUUCUCGUGCGAAAUAUGUUUUAAAUGUUUUACGCUGAGAUCCAGCUUAAAGAUGCAUUUGUUGAUUCAUGCUGGAAAAAAGCAAUUUAAAUGUGAGAAAUGCUGGAAAGGCUUUUCACAAAGUUGCAGCUUAAAACAACACAUGGUAACUCACACGGGAGAGAAACCAUUCAGCUGCGAUAUUUGCUUCAACACUUUCUCACAAAGGGGCAGCUUGAAGAAACACACGUUAAUUCACAACGGGCAGAAACCAUUCCAAUGCCAGGUGUGUUCGAACCGCUUUACUCAAAGAAAUAACUUAAAAGAGCACACGAAGAUUCAUACGGGAGAGAAACCUUUCAAAUGUGACGUGUGCAACACCUGUUUUAUAAAUAGACUCGGCCUAAGACAGCACACGCAGACCCAUACUGGUGGCCGUUGAAAUGUGAAUUGUGCACGAAGUGUUUUACCCGACGCACUCACCUAAAACAGCAUAUGUUGAUUCAUACUGGAGAGAAACCCUUUAUGUGUGCAGUAUGUGCGAGACGUUUUAGACACAGCAACAACUUGAAAAUCCAUAUGUUGCUCCAUAAACGUUAGACCUAAUUCAUAUGUAUCAAAUUCAAAAUUUAUAUGCUGUGCCAUAAUAGUAAUCUUGUUCAUAUGCAUAAAAUUUAUUGAAAA